UUGAGAUCGACUUCCUGUCAACCAGUCCGUCAGUCAGUUAACGUUUGGAAUCGCCACUGUCCAACGGUUUGAAUUACAAAACAAAAAUAACACAAAUUGCUCUAAAGCAAUUUUAAUUCACUCGUAUUGCGUUGUUUGUAUAAUUCGAAUUGUCAUGAUUGAAGUGCUGUUUCUUUCAAAUAAAAGAUCGUGAUUUGUUCAUAAGUGAUUCAUUUAUAUGUAUUCGAUAUGCAAAAUUGCUAUACAGUGACUUGGCAUCAAGACUUUACUGACAAUAUGAAACAAGUUAAUAUGUUUUAGUUUUUAUUUUACCGUAUUACUUCAUUAAUAUAAUUUUUGAUAAUUGUUAGAUUUAUACACAUGUGUUUGUUAAUGAUGAAGAAAACAAUAAACGCUGCGUUAAUCUUUUUUCUUCUUGUGGAUCAAAUGCUACAUAUUUUUGGAAAUGUAAUUGUAUUACGCAAAACAUUGGAUCACAGAAGACAAGUAGCAUGUCUCACAGAAAAUGAUGGUAGCGCUCUUAUAUGGAAUGACGAAUUAAUUUCACAAAUGUACCAAAUCGUCUUAUCGCAUAAAAAUAAAUUCAACAAUAAAGAAAACAUAAACUGUAAAAUGAACGCUAACGAAGAUUGUUUAAACUCAUGGACAAAACAAUACUGGAAUAUUACAUACUCCUUUAAGACACCUAUGGCUCCAGUAUUUGAUGAACGAUGGGAAGAAUUUACAGAGUAUUCAAAUAAAAAUGUAUAUGAUCGUAUAGCAUUUGAUUCUUUACCAACUUCCGCAACAGCGCUUUCGUUUUCGGUUCGUGCAUCCAGUGAUGUAUAUAUAUUUCUUUGUAAUAGUAAAAAUUAUAGGACAGAUUUUUGUUAUUGGAUCGUAAUAGGCGGGUGGAAAAACACGUUAUCUGUUAUACGAAAAUGCACAAGAGGAGUGCCUGUACCCGGACAAUAUACCGUGCAAAAUUCAAAAUGUGCACAAAAUCAAGUUGAAUUUAGACAUAAACCAUUGUCCACAACUGAAUGGCGAUCUUUUGUAAUUACGUGGGAUUCUGCAAUUCGAAAUAUUACCGUUUACGAUACUGAUAAAAUGAUUAUGACAUAUGUGGACAAAGAAGAACGUAAAUUAUCCGAAAUUCUUCCGCACAUAGAUUAUCAAGUAUUCAUUCGAAGCAAUCCAAGUAUGUUACUUCGCUUUCACCUAUACCAUUUUCUGCAUACAACUAUCGAGGGUGCAACUUUAACAAGCCCCAUCUUUAAACUCAACGAUACAACGAUAUGCAUACAAAUGUUCAUUGGUCUUUGCCCAGAGUGCGAUGCACAUGUAUUCCUACGUGAUUCCACAAGUAAUGAAGUGUUGGAAAUGGUAACAGCAAAAGGCUCAUCGAAGACUGCGAUUUAUGGUUUACCUACAUGGCAAUCUGUUAAAAUCGAGAAAAAUCUUCCAACGACUAAAAGCGUGGUAAUCCAAUUAAUUCCUAAACUCAACAUGUCUAGCGCCAAUCCGUUGUGGGCCAUAGCGAAUGUUCAACAAUGUCCAAAUGAAUAUUGGAAACGGAUAUUUACUUCUAAAGUGGGAUCAAAUAACUAUGUUUGGCCAAAUAUGACGUGUCAAAAAUUGUUUUAUGAUGAACAUACCAUCGUGAGUUCUGCAUCUUCCGUUAGAAACAAUAUAAAAGAUGAUGAUACUAAUUGUAAUAAUCAUACUUCAAUGAUCGGACCGAGAUGUUCGAUAUCUUGCGAAAACAAUUUUAUGUUUGAUUAUCGCGCGUCCUGCAGGAGUGUUGUAAUCUGUUACAAAAACGGUUGCACGUGCCCUCCUGGUUUUAUAGGAUCUGAAUGUACUGACACUUGUGGAUUAAACAAAUAUGGUCAUAAUUGCAAUAAAUCAUGCGGCUCGUGCGCUAAAGAAAUAGAUCACGAGGGCAAUUUUUGUAACAAAAUAACUGGUUUUUGUUAUGGAGGAUGCAAGAAUACAAAAAAAUUAUACAUACCACCUUUGUGUCAUACUGGCAUAGACACAUCAGUGGCACUUGUUACUAACUAUACAAACCAGACGAGUGUUCAAGUCACAAUUCCUAUGACAUGGAAAGACGAAUAUGAGGAAGCAACAAUUUUUUAUUCCUUUAUCAUUCAAGGACAAUUUAAUAAUUAUUAUGUUCAGAAAUCCUGGAAUAGAAUAUUUCCAAAUACAACGCAUUUAAUAGGAAAUUUUGCAGAUUUAGAAAUUGGUACCACUUAUCUUAUCAAAUAUGGCUUACAAAUUGAAAAAUCAACAGUAUACAGCGAUUGGCAUAGUGUCGAGACUGAUUGCAUUCCGAUUCUACUCUUCGAUAUAACGCUCGGGGAAACAAACCUAACAAUUAACUGGCAAAUCAACGAAAAUGUUUCCCUACGCCAGCAAUCGUGUCCGCCAAACUGGUAUCGUCUGGAAGUGCAACAUACUAAUACCGUCUGUCAUCUUUAA